AUGCCCUCUCUCUUUCAAUCUCUCCCCAAAGAGUCUUUUCAACAACAAACUUUGAAUUAUCUCAAUUCUGUACCCAUUCGAAAACAUGUCACUGCAGCUACUACCGACGACUGUGUGGUGGUCUAUCAGGCAUACAAUCCAGAAAUUGCACAACAUGCAGUUUCUCAUCAAACCUUUGAAAAUUGUUCCAAGUUUAGCAUGACUCGAAUGACUUGGAUCAAAACAAAUUAUUUGUGGAUGAUGUAUCGGAGUGAGUAUGCCACGAGUAAAAAUCAAGAACGGAUAUUGGCAUUGUUUAUUGAUAAGGAAUAUUUUGAAAAUUCAAUAUUGGGAAAUGGAAUUUGUAGUUAUUUCUAUUACGGAUUAGACCAAGUCUAUGGCAGUGAAGAGGAAUGGAAGAAGUUAAUGGAUCAACAAAAACAUGCCAACACUUGUGUGCGAGUUCAAUGGGAUCCCUACCACGAUCCCUCCGGAAAUAAAUUACCAGAAGUAAGGGCCAUUCAAAUCGGAUUGAAGGGUGACAUUGUCAAGGAAAUGCUUUCUCAACAUAAAGUGAAAAAAAUUGAGGAUAUUACUUCGUAUGUGAGGGAACAACAUGAACAUUGGAAGCAAACGGGAGAUUUAAGCAUUCCAGUGGAGAGAUUGUAUUCGAUUGAGAAUGAGGAAAUUAAAAGAAAAUUGGCGAUUAUGUAA